AGCGGACCGGCCUCCCCACCCCGGUCCUUCCACCAUGCACUUGCUGGGCUGCUUCUCUCUGGCGUGUUCCCUGCUCGCCGCUGCGCUGCUCCCGGGUCCGCGCCAGGCGCCUGCCGCUGCCUCUGCCUUCGAGUCCGGACUCGACUUUUCCGACGCGGAGCCGGACGCUGGUGAGGCCAAGGCUUAUGCAGGCAAAGAUCUGGAGGAGCAGUUGCGAUCUGUGUCCAGUGUAGAUGAACUGAUGACUGUACUCUACCCAGAAUAUUGGAAAAUGUACAAGUGCCAGCUAAGGAAAGGAGGCUGGCAACAUAACAGAGAACAGCCCAACCCCAAUACAAGGACAGAGGAGACUAUAAAAUUUGCUGCAGCACACUAUAAUGCAGAGAUCUUGAAAAGUAUUGAUAAUGAGUGGAGAAAGACUCAAUGCAUGCCACGUGAGGUGUGUAUAGAUGUGGGGAAGGAGUUUGGAGCAGCAACAAACACCUUCUUUAAACCUCCAUGUGUGUCCGUCUACAGAUGUGGGGGCUGCUGCAACAGUGAGGGGCUACAGUGCAUGAACGCCAGCACAAGCUACCUCAGCAAGACGUUGUUUGAAAUUACAGUGCCUCUCUCUCAAGGCCCCAAACCUGUAACAAUCAGUUUUGCCAAUCACACUUCCUGCCGAUGCAUGUCUAAACUGGAUGUUCACAGACAAGUUCAUUCAAUUAUUAGACGUUCCCUGCCAGCAACACUACCACAGUGUCAGGCAGCAAACAAGACUUGCCCCACAAAUUACAUAUGGAACAAUCAUUUCUGCAGAUGCCUGGCUCAGCAAGAUUUUAUUUUUUCUUCCAUUGCUGAAGAUGACUCAACAGAUGGAGUGCAUGACAUCUGUGGGCCCAAUAAGGAGCUGGAUGAAGAGACCUGCCAGUGUGUCUGCAAAGGGGGACUUCGGCCUUCCAGCUGUGGACCCCACAAAGAACUAGACAGAAACUCAUGCCAGUGUGUCUGUAAAAACAAACUUUUCCCCAACUCAUGCGGGGCCAACAGAGAAUUUGAUGAAAACACAUGCCAGUGUGUAUGUAAAAAAACCUGCCCAAGAAAUCUACCCCUAAAUCCUGGAAAAUGUGCCUGUGAAUGUACAGAAAAUCCACAGAAGUGCUUCUUAAAAGGAAAGAAGUUCCAACAUCAAACAUGCAGUUGUUACAGACGACCAUGUACAAAUCGACUGAAGCAUUGUGAGCAGGGACUUUCCUUUAGUGAAGAAGUCUGUCGCUGUGUCCCCUCAUAUUGGAAAAGACCACAUAUGAACUAAGGUCAUGCUAUUUUCCAGUUCAUCAUUUUUCUAUCAUGGAAAACUGUGUUGCCACAG